AACGGGGGUAGCUUCAGCAGAGAGAGUGACGACGACGACGAAGAUGAUCAAUGCCUUACAAAAACCUUCUCUACUCGUCAACUCGUUUCCUUCUUUCCCUUUUCCGCUUAACUCCCUCGCUUGUGUUCUCACGCUGGUUGUUGUUGCGGUAAAUGGGAGACGGAAAACUUCAUCGCCUUCCGCCGGAAAAUGCGUCGACUUCUGGUUCUGCGGUUAGCGUCGAAAACACAAAGCUUGCGGAUGCUCCAGUUCUGUUUUUCGUUUACUUCCACAAGGCUUUCCUUGCUCAGCUUGUGGAGCUCCGGCGUUUCGCUACUGACGCCGCCGCGAAAGCCGGUUCCUUUAGCGGGGAUCUGGCCGGUGAUCUACGCCGGAAGUUUGAGUUUUUGAAGCUUGUAUACAAGUAUCACAGCGCAGCUGAAGAUGAGGUCAUAUUUUUGGCGCUGGAUGAACGUGUGAAGAACAUUGUUUCUAAUUACUCGCUCGAGCAUGCUGGUACGGAUGAUCUCUUCACUUCGGUUUUUCACUGGCUACAAGUUCUUGAAGAGGAAGUAGGGAGCAAAAGCGAUGUUCUUCGUCAAGUUAUAUUAUGCAUAGGCACCAUUCAGUCAUCCAUAUCCCAGCAUAUGCUUAAAGAAGAGCGUCAGGUCUUUCCUUUGUUAAUUGAGAAGUUCUCUUUCAAAGAACAGGCAUCACUUGUGUGGCAAUUCCUUUGCAGUGUUCCAGUGAUGGUGCUUGAGGACUUUUUGCCUUGGAUGAUGUCUUAUCUCUCUCACGAGGAGAAAACUGAAGUUGAGAGCUGCAUAAAAGAUGUUGUCCCAGCUGAAGACUCACUGCAACAGGUCAUAAGCUCGUGGCUGCUUGACGACAGUCAAUCAACAAAGAUCUUGAAAGAAGAUGUGUCUAAGAAUAUGAAGAAGUCAUCUCACACACAUCAGUCCAGCGGAUGUUUUCAACGGUUUUGGCAAUGGAGUAAAAGCCCUAUCUUUAUUCCAAAUGUAGGACACAACCCGAUUCAUGGUCUUCAGCUUUUUCAAAAUGCAGUUGAAAAAGAUCUGAGAGACAUUCAGAAAGAUUUAUGCCAAGCGAAGUUCCCAAGUCUUAUUUUGGACAUUGAUGUACUCAUGGCUCGUUUAAACUUCCUUGCUGAUGUUCUUGUUUCUUAUAGCAAUGCAUUCAAGAAGUUCUUUCACCCGGUGUUGGAAGAUAUAGCAGAUGGCCGCUCUUCAACUCCCAAACAUUUCACCAUAGAUGUCUGUCUCGAGAGUUUUCAGAGAUUGCUGUACAAGAGUGCUGAUGAUCAAGUGAGGACUGACAAUUUUAUAUUGAAGCUUCAGGAGGAACUUGAGUCCCUUAUUGUCCAAGUAACAAAGCAAUUUUCCGCACAGAGAAGAGAGGUGUUCCCAAUCAUCAGCAAGAACUGCAACCAUGAGAUGCGGAGGCAGCUCCUAUACACAAGCAUACAUGUCUUGCCUCUUGGACUGCUCAAGUGUGUCAUUCUCUGGUUCUCUGCUCAUCUGUCUGAAGAGGAAUCUCAAUCCAUUCUUCAGUUCUUAAGUUUGGAAUAUUCCUCUCCCAAAAAGUCAUUUCCACGCCUCUUGUUGCAGUGGCUUCGCUUUGGCUACUCAGGCAAAACCUCUGUUGAAAGCUUUUGGAAACAGCUGUCUGUAAUGUUCAAGAUUAGAUGCUUCUGCCAAAAGGAGCACACUGAAGAAGCAUCUGGAUCUUUUUCACAUCAUCAAGCACAGCUUCAACUAUGCCAAGGAUCUAGAGUUGAUGAUGAUUCGCUUGUAUGUCCUGGGAAAAGAAACAAGUCUUCAACAUGCUUCCUGGCUGCUGGAGACGUGUAUGAGACACCUUACUCUAGUCGAAUGAAUCAGCAAAUGCUCUUCUCCGGAAAGCUUAGGCCUCCUCUCCAUCUUCCAGAUUUUUUCGGUGGGAACAAUAUGGAUGAUCCAUUCGUUAUGGAUGUAAAACCAAUUGAUCUCCUUUUCUUCUUCCACAAGGCAAUGAAGGCGGAUCUAGACUACCUUGUUUGUGGAUCAGCUAGAUUAGCAGCAGACUUUGGCUUCCUCGGAGAGUUUCAACAGCGAUUCCGUCUGAUAAAGUUCUUGUAUCAGAUACACUCUGAUGCAGAGGAUGAGAUUGCGUUUCCAGCACUGGAGGCAAAGGGUAAACUGCAAAACAUUAGUCACUCAUUUAGUAUUGACCAUGAGCUAGAAAUCAAACACUUUGAUAAAGUCUCAUUCAUCUUGAAUGAGAUGUCAGAGCUGAAUAUGUUGGUUUCUAGUAUCAAGUUCAGUGCAUCAGACCAUCGGAAGAUGAAGUAUGAGCGGUUAUGUCUGAGUCUCCAAGAGAUUUGCAAGUCCAUGCACAAGAUAUUGUCGCAGCAUUUUAAACAUGAAGAAACUGAGCUAUGGGGUCUAUUCAGGGACUGCUUCGCCAUUGAAGAACAGGAGAAAAUCAUAGGAUGCAUGCUUGGGAGAAUAAGUGGGGAGAUAUUGCAGGAUAUGAUACCAUGGUUGAUGGAUUCUUUGACCUAUGAUGAACAGCAUGUAGUGAUGUCCUUGUGGCGCCAAGCAACAAGGAAAACAAUGUUUGUUGAAUGGCUAACAGAGUGGUACAACGGUCACUUUAUACAGGAGAAAACAGGAGAUCAAGCAAACAACAACGAUCCAUUUGGGGAUUCAGAUCCGCUGGAGAUUGUUUGGAACUAUUUCUUUGAAGGAGGUUCUGAUGGAGACAGAGGGAGCAUCGGCAUCAAACUUGUCGAACUUUCAGAGACGGACUUGGCAGAUAUCAUGAAGAAGCCACUUGAAAAAGUUGCUCCUUAUAACAAUCUUGAAGCUGGCAACAAAGGAGGCGAAUAUGAGCAACUUGCAGAACGUAAGAAGAUAUGUAGAGAAGCUGACAAAAAGGAGGACAAGGAACAAACUGACAGCAACAGCCAGAUCAUGAAUCUUGCUCCAAUGUCUCACAAGGUUAGCCAGUUUGGUCAAUCUGGGAAAUAUGGACACUUGUUAACGUUGAGUCAAGAAGAACUAGCGAUGAUGAUUAAAAAAUUAUCAUGUGACGCUUCCCUGGAUCCUCAGAAGAAAUAUUAUAUCCGACAGAACUUGUUAAUGAGCCGUUGGAUUAUCUCACAGCGUUUAUACAAUCUAGAACCAUCCACACUCCCAAGCAAUGGAAAAACAGUUCCUGGUCAACAUCCAUCUUAUCGAGAUCCUCAGGGUUUGAUCUUUGGCUGCAUGCACUACAAGAGGAAUUGCAAGAUUCUUGCUCCUUGUUGCGACCAGCUCUUCACUUGUAUACGAUGCCAUGAUGAAGAGGCUGAUCACUCGGUGGAUAGGAAACAAAUUAAAAAGAUGAUGUGCAUGAAAUGCCUCUUGAUUCAGCCAAUUGGUGAAAACUGCUCAAAUACUUCGUGCAAGAUCUCAAUGGGAAAGUACUUUUGUAAAAUUUGCAAACUACAUGAUGAUGAAAGGAAAAUUUAUCACUGCCCCUACUGCAAUCUCUGCCGAGUAGGGAAAGGAUUGGGCAUUGACUACUUCCAUUGCAUGAAAUGCAAUGCUUGUAUGUCACGUUUAUUAGUAGAGCAUGUUUGCAGGGAAAAGUGCUUAGAAGAUAAUUGCCCGAUUUGCAACGAGUACAUCUUCACCUCUAGCUCCCCUGUUAAGGCUCUUCCAUGCGGUCACUUGAUGCACUCCACAUGCUUUCAGGAGUACACAUGUUCACAUUACACAUGCCCUGUCUGCAGCAAGUCUCUAGGAGAUAUGCAGGUCUACUUUAGCAUGUUAGACGCAUUACUUGCAGAGGAGAAGAUGCCUGAUGAAUACUCCAACAAAACUCAGGUGAUACUGUGUAAUGACUGUGGAAGAAAAGGAAAUGCUCCGUACCAUUGGCUAUACCACAAAUGCACAUCUUGUGGCUCCUACAACUCAAGGGUCCUUUAGAUCUUUCUCCAGUUUUCCUUUUCCCAAUUUACAACAUUGUAGAAUCAUCAGCCUGUGUAGUAACAUGGCUGGUAAGAAAACAGUUUUGUAACAUUUGAUGUUGUACAAAAAAAUAAAACAUACAAAAGAUAUUCCAAAUGUUAAUAAAUUUGGGUCUGAUCACCCUUAAAUAUUUUAUUUAUCUACUCCCAUUACAAACCAUUGCAAGAGGAGAUAAUGUUGACAUGAUAACAAAAAUCUGGAGAUCAAAAUUCCAGUCAUCACCACUAACCUCAAACCCUCAAACCCUCAAACUUACGACAUACAAAACCAAGCCACUGAGAUUCAGCGAAAGAUUAAUAAAUUCAAUAGGCCUUAAGAGAAAAAAAGAAAACAAAACAACUAAUCUACAACUAGAGCAAAUGCAUCCUCUCAACAUAUGAUUCAAGCAACCAGUUCUUGAGAGGCUCUCCGGAUCCAACAAAACAGCCUGAGUUUCCAUUCUCAGUGAAGAACGGGAAGUUGAAGAUGUUGAGCAGUUCCUCAACCGCUUGUCUCACCAUUGACGUGCCCGUGACUCUGCUUCGUCUUCCCCAACCAGUUACUAUAUCAAUCCGUGAAGGACAUUCUCCUGAAACCAACAUCUGCUUACGGAACCACGCAAGUGUCCUAGACAGCGCCGUGACUGCAGUUCCUUCUGACAUUACAUGGAGAUUGAUAAGCCAAUAGCUGCAGCUCUUCUCCAUUAAUGCAUCUGGAUACACAUUCUUAACUGCAGCCACUUCCCAGACCGAGCCAGCCUCUUCUUUUAGACCUGACUUGUGCAGAAAAUCCACCACUGCAUCCAUGAGUCCGCGCUUACUCUCUCUGUCCUCGCUGUGCAUAUAAUCAAGGAAGUCGCUCACAUGGUCACGCACGUUCUGGCCAUCGGGACCUGCAGGUGGCAUUUUGAGGAGAAACAUAUGUGCCGGAUGACCUGAGACUGCCAUUAGCUGGCCACAGAACCCCAUGUCAAAGUUCGAACGAGCAUCAGUGCAACAACUCAAGAGCAAUGUGUAUGUCUGCAGAGAAGACUGAAGACCAAGCGCACGCAUGCUUUGUAGUAAACUAUAGGCUUCAGACGGCCUGUGAACCCUGAGGAAAGUACUGAGAAGUGAAUUGCAAGUGGGAACAUUAGGUCGCAGACCGGCGUGAAGCAUUGCUUGAUACCACUGCCAAGCUUUCUCAACAUUGCCAGCUUUUCCCCACAAAUCCACCAAAAGACCGUAAACCGGCUCAUCAGGAACCCAGUUCUUACGCUGCAUCUCAGUGAAAACAGCCUCUGCUUCCUCGAGGAAUCCACAGUGUCCAAGAACCUCCAUAACUAUACUGUAUGUCACUUUGUCAGGUUGAAACCCGGCGUCUUUCAUGUCUCGGUAUAGCUUCAACGCGCUCUGAUAAUUCCGAGCCUUGGCGUGUAAAGCUAUCAUGAUGUUGAACGUGACCAAAUUAGGAGUACAACCUUGACCAACCAUCUCACAGAAGAGCCUGUGUGCAGCAGGUAAAUGGCCAGCUUUCCCAAGACAGUUUAUUAUAACACUAUAGGUGAAAGUAUCAGGAGAGAGACCCGCUGCUUGCAUUCGCUGGUACAUGUCCAUGGCAAUGUCAAGAAAUCCAGCUUUGGCAUGUAUGUCUAUAAGGGUACAGUAAGUUACGCGGUCAGGCUCACAUCCAGACUCUUGCAUCUGAUUGAAAACAUUCAUAGCUUCGUUGAGGUAAUUCGCACGGCCGUAGCUAUGGAUAAGGCGGUUGUAUGUAACGGUAUUUGGCUGACAUCCAUCUCUAACCAUCUCAUCGAGAAGCUUGUUUAUCUCACCGAACUGCUUGGCUCGGCCGAGGUUACCUACCAUAGUGGUAUAAGUAUGCCCAUCAUGCUUAUAACCAGGUUGUUUUUUAAGCCAAUAGAAGAAACCAAGCGCAUUUGCAUAGUUAUCCAUCUGCUUAAGAACUUGGUUUGCUUGGUAUGCAUCCAUCCUGAAACCAAAAUUAUGAAGGGCCUCUUCAGCAGCAGGGCCCCAUUUGAAUCUCCUCAAUAUACUAGAAACAUUCUCUACCACAUAUCCAGCAUUACAACACUGCCUUGGAGCGGUACCUGGUGUCACUCUCGUCAUUUCCCUUGAGGGUUUAGUGAAACCUUCAACACAAGAUUUCAUCGUCCUGUCAUCCGAAGAACGCACAUUAUAGUCAUAACCACCCGACGCAUACCUGGUUGAAUCAAUAUUAGGUCUCUCCGGCAUGCUUUUCCUCUUUCCAGAUACGGUAUUCGUUGGUAAAUACUGAGCUUCAAACGAAAUCCCUGCAACAUCAUUCGAAGCUUGCUUCAAGCCUUUGACAAAUACAGAUCUUUGAGCUUCCUUAGUAUCUCGGGAGCCGUUUGUAGGAACUCGGUCUGAUGAAUCUUUAAGGUGGACUUUAGCAAGGUGCUCUGUUCUGACGACUUUCGCAUUUGAAGACUUAACACUUGAAACAUGGCGAGUGGGAUCAGAGAUACAGCUUUUAGGCAAACCAGCAACUUCGGUUCCAUCGGAUAGUGGGAUCUUAUAGUUUACAGAAUCUGACUUCACCGGCAAAACAGGAGAAGAAACAUGCUGAGGAAGAAGAGACGGUCGGGUGAAAUGCUCAACCUUACUAGCCUCUACUGGUAAUACAUUCCCCACUAGUCCAGCUGCUAGAUUAGAUGCUCUUUUCCCAGUCUGUACAGCUUCAGUCCUAAUUUGCUGGCGUCUCAAGACGCAGCUUUCAUCAUCGGCUGAUGUACAGGGGUUUCCAUCAGCUGCACUAGGUCUUGUUCCACUAAGAAAAAAGGAUCUUGCUGAACUCGAAAGGUUACUAAUGUGCUUUGCACGAAUCAUUGUCUGAUAUCUCUCACCAGAAAUAUGUCAAUGGAGCCAGGGGUUCAAGCCAUAAAUUACAAAACGAAUAUACAUUUUAUCAGCCAUCUUCCCCACAAGGCUGUAUACCUCUUUUUUUUUGUCCCUUACAAGUUACAAGAAACUUUGUACAUAUUCAAAAGUCACACUUUUUUAUUAUUUCAUUCCACACAGACUAAACCAUUUAAACUGAGCCUUCCAUUUUUCUUUCAGCGUCUCCAUAAAGUAUCAUCCUUUAGCACAUCAGGAAACCCAGAAUAUACAGUAAUGUCUACUAAACAAUGCUUAAUUUUGAGCACCCCCCAUUUACGAGAUGCAUUCUAGCAAGUAGCUCAAUAUCAUUGUGCAGUCACCACACUGAAACUGAGCCUCUGGUAGAAUUUUCACCAUCUUCAAAAUGGUGGCGUUUGACUUCCUUCGUCUUAUUACUUCGUUUUCCCCGGAAAAAAAAAUAAAAAAAAAUAAAUCUUCAGGGGAAAUUGAGAAAAGAAAACGAGAGAAAAAGGCAGAUUUGCCUUCUCCCUCUGUGGCCGUCAAAUGUGGAAGCUUCAAAGCUUGUUUUGCUCUCCAAGCAAAAUUAAGCAGAGGCUUACGACCUUGCAAAGGUCACGACUUUUUGCUAUUACUCUCUCCUUUUAAUUUUAUUAAUUGUUUCCUUUAACUUACCUGUAU